UUAAAAAAAAAUAAACAAUUUUCAAUUUUCUCUCUUUAAAUUCAAUCUCUCCCCCAAAAUGCAUGAUGAAAUCCCCCUGGAGGGGAUAAUAACAACAAUGAAAAAACCUCAAAUAAAGAUGGCGUCGGUGAAAACUUGACAAUUCCGUGAAAAUCGAAGAACCGGACGAAAAAAUCAGUGAAAAAAAAACCGAAAACCUUGCAAAAAGCCCGGACAACCCCCCCAAAAAUCGAAUUACGAAAAAAAAAUCGUCGUGAUGACGACAAUGUACAGUUUACGUCCGAUAAUUCGUCACGAGGAUGUGCUAGACCGGUCAAGUGAAUGCAUGUACGAAAUGAAAAAUAUUCAUCGCAAUGGCCACACGAGGCAGGACUGCAGGAUCGUGUCGAAUGUCACUGAGCAGGUUAUCAACUUUCUAAAGGGUCCACUGCCAGAAGUCAAAGUUCUAGAAAUCAGACAGGAGAAAAUUCUGACACAAUUGGCUGAGUUGAAGGAGCAGGUGCUGAACCUUUGUGAUGUUUUGAAGGGAAAUUCAGUGGAUUCCAAAAAGGCUGAGAGCUGUGGACUGAAGAGGGUCAAAAGGGAACCUGUGAACGUAGAUCUGGUGCUGAAUGUCAACCCUGAGAGUCCUUCGUAUUCAGUUCUGGCUUUGAGAAAAGUCUGGAGUGAUGUAGACUUCAGAAUAGAGCCUUUCCAGCAUUCUAGUGUCAAGGGAAGUAUUCCUCAAGGGUUUGAGAGGAGUAGAGGAUGCGAAGAGAGUGUUGUCAAUAUCUCGUUUAUAUGGAAAAAAGUGAACAAUACAGAACUAGUACUCUCUGGACUCCACGGAUACUGCAUCCUAGGUGAAGUGAAUUUCCUCAGAUACCUGGCAAGACUCCUAGACAAUUACGAUUCCCUUCCUCCUGACGAAACUACGAAAAUAGAUCGAAUUUUGGAUUUAUCCCAUCAGCUAGUCUGCAACGAGAAUCUCAAGGAGAAACUAGCAAUUAUCGUCCUCCUAGAGAAGAAAAUUGGCGAUGACAAGUGGUUCUCAGGCCACAAAACUCCUGGAAUCACAGAUGUAGCUGUCUGGUCAGCACUGAAACAAAUAUCCCCCAAGUCUCUCCCCUCAAGUCUCUCUAGUUGGUUCCACAAGUGUGAAAAGACUUUCAAAAACUGAUCAAAUAGUUCAUUUUAUAAUUAACGAAUAAACCUUGAUACAAAUUUAAUAAAUCGUUUUUAUUAAAGGUAAUAACAUGUACGAAAAGAGAAAACAUUUCUUAAAUUCACUUAUUGAUUGAUAAGUAGUUUCUUCUAAUUUUACGUAUAAAUAGAAAAAAAAUUAAACUAAAAAAUUGUUUCGUGGUGGGCAGUGAGAGACCCCUGAUAUUAGCACUCAGGGUUAUUAAUAGGAAUUUGUAGAUUCAGCCUUUUUCCUACCCUCCCGAGGAUAUUGGUCCUAAAAUUCUUGUUUAUCAACUACUUUUGGGGAAGAUGUUUGUCAUGCGUUGAUGUGAUGAAAUCAUAGAACAGUUUUUGAUGGAAAUUUCGGUAUCUCAUUAGAUCUUGACAUAUUUUUCAAAAAAUAGUAAAAUUUUUCUAUGUCAACUCAGCAUCAAAAUUAAUUUUUGAUACAUAUCUAAAAAAUAUGGACCUUUUUGGAGAGCGAAAAAUAUCUCUGAAAAAAGUCUGAAAAUAAUUCAGAAAAUUUAUGUCAUUCUUUAAAACAAAUGACUGAGAAAAAUAAAAAGGAGAUAUAACUUCGAAAUGAAGUUGAAUUUCUUGCAAAUAGCAAAAUUUCCAUUCAAACUUUUCUUUUUUGUAAAACAACAAGAAAUUCAUAGAAAAAGUCUGAACGAAAAUUCCGAUAUUUUUA